AUGUCACACUAAUAAUACAAUUUAUUCCUUAUUAUUCUAUUUACCUUAAUUAUAAUCAAUCAAAAUAUAAGGAGAAGAAUAUAAACAAUUAUUAUUUAAAGAUCAUUUCUAAUUUUUAUUUCAUUCUUAAUCAUUAACAAAGUAUUUUUAUACAUACAAAUUAAUAAAGAAUGUUCCUAAUAAAUUUCAUACAUUUCUCAUUUCACAAUUAUUUACUCUCAAAAAAAAGAAGUUCAAAAUAUAUAUUCCAGAAAAUUAAGUAAACCAAAAAUUAUGAGUAUACAAUCUAUUAAAUUAACGAUACCCACAAAUUCAAAUAAAAUUCAUAUGGAUAUUGAAUAAGAGGAAUGUGAACUCAUUGAUCAAUAAAAAAUACAAACUAAAUGUAAUAUAAUCAGAAUGUCAUAAUAAAAUUAAUAACUAAGAGAUCAUUCAAAAAUAACUUAAAACAAUACCUAACACUUAGAAUAAUAAUCCUAAAUAUCAUGUGAUCAUAUCUAAAUACAAUUAUCAUUGAUGGAAUAAUGUUUUACUUCAUUACUUGAAAGUACUAUUCCUGAUGAAAUACUUUGUAGAGAUUAAGAAAAGAUCCUUAUAACAAGAUUUAUUGAAGAUGGCAUCAAAAACAAUGGAUAAAAAUAAGCAUUAUGUAUUAUAUACAUACUAUUAAUACAAUAGAUAUAUCAGGAGUUCCAGGUAUAGGUAAAACUGCAACAGUCUUAGAAAUCAAAAACUAAUUACUCUCGAAAAAACUCAAUUUUGAUUUUAUCUAUUUUAAUGCUAUGAAUGUUGAAUCUCCAGAAGAUAUCUAUCCAUUCCUCUAUUCAAAAAUCACUAAUAAAAAAGAAACAUCCAAAAUCAAAUCUUGCAUUCUUUUAAGUUUUUUAUUUACAUAUUAUAUUAGCUGAACUUUUUAAUACCCAAUAAGAUAUGAUAUAAUAAAAUAAAGUACUCCUCUUAGAUGAAUGUGAUAAUCUCUAUACUUCAGAUUAACAAGUACUAUACAAUUUGCUUGAUUGGCCUUAAUAACCAUCAGCUCAUUUAAUUGUUUUGAUGAUUGCAAAUACUAUGGACUUUCCUGAAAGACUUAAACCAAAAUUAUAAUCUAGAUUAGGAAAUCAUCGAAUUGUUUUUAAACCAUAUAAUAGUAUUUAAAUAGAGAAUAUAUUGUAAUAAAGAAUGAAAAAUAUUUUAAUCAAAUAAUUGUUUGCCUCAAAUACUCUAAAUUAUUUAGGUAAAAAAAUAGCCACUAUUUCUACUGAUAUUCGUAAAACUUUAAGUGUUUGUAGAACUGCCAUUGUUUUAGCAAGAGAAGAACUUCUCAAAAAUAAUACUUUUUCUUAAAUUGAAGUUCAUCAUAUUAAAUUAGCUUAUGAUAAGAUUUAUAAUAAACCAUAACAUAAUGCUUUAUAAUAUUUUAAUCAUGACAUGAAGUUACUCUUAAUUAUAAUUGCACUUGAAAUACAUCUAAAAACUUAAAAUUAUGCAUAUUUUCAUCAAGUUAUUUAAAGAAUGAAUCAAUUUAAAUAAUUAAAGAAUUAACAAACCUUCAGUUAUCAUUAAAUCAAAUUAAUCCUAAUUAAAUUAUCUUAAUUAAACUUAAUUGAAAUUAAACAAAAUUUAAUUUUAUUAACUAAAAAUAAUUGGUAACUCAAAUUACAAGUAAAUAUUCAUCUCCUAUUAUUUUCUAGAAUAGUUUAAACAAAGAUAGAUUAUUUAAUUUAGAUGAUAUUCUCAUUCAACUCAAAAUCAAUAUAGAUGACAUCAAAAAUGGACUUUCAAAUGAUGAUCUUUUCAAAGAAUUUUCUAAUUUAUUUUGA